UGACCGGAUGUACAUGGAAUGUACAGCAGGAAAUGCUAACCGCAUUAGCUAACCAUCCAUAUCGAGGUCUCCACUCUCACCGGCACACGAAUUGUCUAAUUCUGGAAUCAUCAUCAGCCAAAAUGAGUGCUGCUCCCAACCACAGACGGACCAAGCCUGGUGGCGUGAAGACAGGCUAUCCAGGCCAAGCCCCCGCCAACGGUGUUACGGGACCCACUUCCCAGAUCCCCGGGCUGUGCCAGGAAGCCACUGAGGGGGCUCCUGAGGCCAGGACCAGUGGAAGGCGUGUGGGAAUAUUCGACUCCGACUCCGACUAUGUCAAACUUGCCAAAGGAGGGGGACAGAAGGGUUUACUGUGGCAUGAGGACAACAAGGAGGAGGCUAGGCCUAAUAAAUCCUACAACUCGCCUGAUUGGUUCUCAGCUGAAUCUCAGAGCGGAAGUAAAGCAGCAUCCCCUGAUGAUUGUCAAGGAUACGGCAAAAGGCAACCUCUAGCUGCUCCCUUCGGUACUGAUGAUAUUUCAGCCUGGGAAAGGGAGAGCGAUAGCUAUAAAGAGAAGAACCCCACAGUCACUGAUGCGUCCAGCCAGAUGGAGAACAUGUCUCUAAGCCAAGGUGGUUAUAUGGAGAUCAACAAAUACAAGAAGACUCAAAGUGAUUUUACUAUGGACAGGUCCGUUGAGAAGAAAACUGCUCCUGUGAGCAUGUCCAAGCUGCUGAGCUUUGGCUACAUAGAGGAUGAGAAGAAGUCCACCAACGAGGAUGACUGCUCAAGUGUGACCUCUGAACAGACGAGCACCAUCGCACCUGAGGAUGAAGACCUGGAAUAGGGAGAAGAACAGAAGAGGUCCAUCUGGGGUAGAAAACAACAGUGGAUACACACACCCACACAUGCCAUUCACUCUACGGUGUGUUCUCUCUCUCUCUCUCUCUCUCUCUCUCUCUCUCUCUCUCUCUGAGUGACACACUUUCUCUCAUUACGGCACAUCCCAACUGUUAUGUUUUGUAUUUAUGCAACGGUACCUUCUCUGUUUCAUUCAUUUAUUUAUUUAUUUCUUUGUCUUUUGUUUCUUACGCCGUGUAAAUGUUGUUCUCAGACCACCGACACGGCUUGUUGAUGCUUGUCAUGUUUAUAUUAUCGUUGUUGAAUUGGAAGAUGAUUUGUGUGACUAUGAAACAGUACUGUACACUGGAGUUUCUAUUUGUGGUGUUAAAAAUGGUUUCGGUGCUGUGAAGAUUGUUUGUGAACCAAGGCCUACUGUACGGGACACACACGGGAGACGUUUGUGGCUCACGCCAUUCAGCUGCCGUGUUGAGUAGGAUCGGAAAGCUCUGCCAACAAAAACAUGGAAACAUGGGUGCUAAGUGAUUCACUUGUCAUAUGGGAAGGCAAACAUGGUUUGGAAUGGAAGACAGAAAUGCCAGUGAACCUACUUCAUUCUAUCUCAUACCAGGAUAUGGUUCAGUGUUAUGAAGUGACGGUGGCCAUUGAUUCCAUAGAUAGAUAGAAACCUUUUGUGAUGUUCUAACAACGGUGUCAAUUCAUUCUACAUAUUUAGGGAAUAGUGGCAAUUGUAUCGUGCAAUGAUAUUGUUUGCUUUGAAGUGAAAAUGGUUUUGCUUUGCCGUGAAGGUAGGGCUGGGCGAUAUGGCCAAAACUAUAUCACUAUAGUUUACAACGGUACGGUGUUAUUUGACUGUAUUUUAUGUUUCUGAAUAAUACAAGAUCCAAAUGUGUUUUAUUAUUAGUGCAUGACACUGGAAUGGCAACAAGUUAUUUUAACAGGCUUUCUUCAUUACGGUUUUAUUCUUAAGGGCAAAAGUGACAGUGAAAUAGUCCAAUGUGUUCAACUGUUCAGUUAUUUAGCACUUAAUAAAAAACAAACAUGUUUUUGAUAGAUGUUGAUCCAGACCGGGUAGUCACGCUAUAUCGCCCAGCCCUACCUGAAGGUACAUGUGGCUUGGAGACAUUUUCCACUUAGCACAGUAAAUAUACACAGUAAUAAUCUUCCCUAGUUUUUCAUUGAUGGAUAGGUCCACUUUAUUAAACACAGUCAAUGUGUUAUUCUCACAUCUGUCUUAAAAGUGAUGAGUGAAUAUGUCAUUAAAAUAAAUGAGCAUGUGCAUGUA